GUUGAAAGCCCAGAGAGGCAUUCAAUCCCAAAACAAUCGAAAAAUGUCCCCGCCGGACCACCGCCGUCCGAUUAAGCGAGCGGCAAUCUCGGAUCAACAGCGGCGGAGGGAUCUGACGCUGCUGCGUCAAGAGCAGAAUCGCCGGGACGCCCAACUCCAUGCCCGCUGCUUAGCUUCCACUGUGAUUUCCCUCCAAUCACACCAAAGUCCUGAAUCGGAACCGGGACCGGAACUUGACAUCGAAAUCGAACCUGCAUAUGAAUACCUACGCGAAGAAGAAGAAUCAGGACAAACUGUGAAAGACCUCGAUGUAAGUCGGGCUUCACGGCUCAAAGGAGCUGAGGCUCGCAAGUGGUUCGCGAGGCAGCUGAUGCUCCCAGAGUGGAUGAUUGACGUCCCCGAUCGAUUGAGCCAAGACUGGUUUGUAUUUGCAAGGCCUGCUGGAAAGCGAUGCUUUGUUGUUUCUUCUAAUGGAGCUACUGUUAGUAGGUUACGAAAUGGUUCUAUAUUGCAUCGGUUCCCUUCUGCUUUACCUAAUGGGGCGAGGAGGAGAGAUGCAUCUGGGCCUGCACAGCUGUACUGCAUCCUCGAUUGCAUAUUUCAUGAGAAAGUUGGUUGUGAUGUGCAGUUAGAUCAAACCUACUAUGUGAUUGACAUGGUCUGCUGGCGAGGCUAUUCUCUGUAUGACUGCACCGCUGAGUUCAGACUUUUUUGGUUGAACUCGAAGCUCGGCGAGACAGGGGCUUGUGAUCCGCCUUCACAUUAUCACAAGUAUAGAUUCAGUGUUAUUCCAGUAUACAAUUGUGAUCAAAAUGGUCUGUAUGCCGCAUAUUCGGGAGAAGUACCUUAUGUCAAGGAUGGCCUGCUUUUUUAUAACAAGCAUGCGCAUUAUCAAAUGGGAAAUACACCACUAGCUUUAGUUUGGAAGGAUGACAAAUGUAGUCAAUAUGUAAUUGACACAAAUAGUGACGGGCAAGUUCCAAACCAACAACAGGCAGUUUUGGACCUACAAGAUGAUGGAAAACUAACUACGUCAGAUGAUCCUCCUGUGGUAUUUGGCUGCCUUGAUGGAGAAAUGAUUCAAAAGUCAGGCCUGCAUUCAGGAAGUCUGUUACGCUUUGCUAUUAAUGAGGGAGGUCUGAAUUUCGUGGAAGGGAAACUUGAGCGGGCUGAUUUGCAAUAUCUCGGGAAGGCCAAUCGUGCACGUGCUUUUGCAGAUAGUUACUCCAAGAUUAUGUUCCAGCAUGCAGCUCGGCGUUGUCCUCUGAAAGUCAAUGAUCUGCUUGCAUCCAUUAACCCAUCAGAUGAUCAAGAACACAAACCUUGUGACACCGAAAUGGUUGGUUGAUGGUCACUUUCGCACUAAUUAGCUGGUGUAUCAUUAUCUAUGGCAAAACAAUAUCACCCUUCCUGGUGUUGGCUUGGUGCUUAAUUCAGUAAUUCCUAGCAAGCUUCUCACAUGCGUUUGAAUCCACUGGCAAUAUACCAUUGAGAGAAGUAUGAGUUGGGUUUGACAUUUUCUAUUGUAAUCCCUUGCCAGCAUGUAAUUAAGUCCCCGAACCGGUUUGGUUGCGGAAACUUUGUACAUGCCUACAGCUAUGUGAUUUCCUAUGGAUGGCUUGGUUUGCCCUCAAUUGCACCAUUUGAUGAAAUUUUGUGAAUACAUCUUCUGAGGCA